AUGGUAGAGGAGUUUGUCUCGUUCUUUGAACAACUCCUCGGUACUAAUAGCUCGGUUACCUCUUUGGAGAGCAUAAAUGAUAUGUUUCCGAUUCAAGUGUUUGAUUUCCAUAGGACUAACAUGAUAAGUUCGGUCUCUUCAAAGGAGGUAACGCAAGCUACAUUUAGUAUUGGUGAGGAUAAAGCUCCAGGCCCAGAUGGAUACUCGACAAAACUUUUUAAGGAAGCAUGGGGUAUUGUGGGGGCUGAAGUCUCAAAGGCAGUCAAGGAUUUUUUCAUCCAAGGCAGAUUACUAAAGGAGAUUAAUGCCACCAAUAUAGCUCUUAUCCCGAAAAUGGAAAAUCUGGAGAGUUUACGUUCAAGAGGUGGUGGUGAUCUUAAUCCACUAGAUUUUGAGAUCGAGAGAGCUAAACAAUUGAGGAAAGAAAAGAAGCAAGCUGACUUUGAAAAAUCAAUGGCUAACACAAGAAUUGUGAAUCCCAAUGUGGAAAAUCAAGAGAAUGAGAAUGAGAAUACCUUAGAAGGAAAUGCAAUGGGUGGAGCAGCAGUGGUUCGAAGAGCAUUGAAGGACUACUCCAGUCCUACCAUUGAUGGGUGCUAUUCUAGCAUUAGGAGACCACCAGUUCAAGCAAAUAAUUUUGAGAUCAAGCCAGCAAUUAUUCAAAUGAUUUAG